UCAAAAGCCAAUGACCCUGAUGCUUUAAAUGUUACUACCAUAGAUACAUAUAUAAGUUUGAAGGCAAUAAGCACUUGAAGGUUUGGAAUGGCUCAACCUUGGCAGUUUUGCCUUUCAUUUUCAAGGAGGCUUCACGCCCUUACAGCUGCAAAACCUUCCCACCAUUUUGUGGCAUCAUCUUUCUCUCAGGCUUUCUAUCAAACACUUUCAGUACCCUCUCACUCUCAUUCUCAAACUCAGCAACAUGCGCCUUUUGAUUUCAACUUCAACUUUGAUUUAGAUGAUCCAUCUCUAUUGCAAUUCACCCAAUUGCUCAAAAAGGACGAUGACGAUCACAAUUGCCUUUCGUCGCUGAAACCAAAUAUAGAUUUGAUACGUUCCGCAAUUUGGGUUUUAAGGGAUGAUUUGAAACCUGCACUCCGUGCCUUCAAUUUAGGUUAUAAUGACGAGAAAGUUUGCAACUUGAUGAUAUGGGUUUUGGGCACUCAUGACAAGUUUCACACUGCUUGGUCCAUUGUUCGAGAUAUGCGUUCCUCUUCUCUCUCCACCCAUCAGGCUAUGCUUAUUAUCAUUGACAGAUAUGCAUAUGCAAACAACGCUGCCAAGGCUAUUGAAACGUUCAACUUUAUGAACAACUCUAGAUUGACUCCUGAUCAGGAAGCAUUCCGUGCACUUUUGACUUCUCUUUGUAAAUAUGGUAACGUCGAAGAGGCUGAAGAGUAUAUGCUAGUAAACAAGAAGCUCUUCCCGCUUGAGACUGAGAACUUCAACAUUAUUCUUAAUGGAUGGUGUAACAUAACAACUGAUGUAUAUGAAGCGAAAAGAGUUUGGAGAGACAUGUUAAAAUACUGUAUAACACCAGAUGCUACUUCAUAUAGUCACAUGAUUUCCUGCUUUUCAAAGGAAGGGAAUCUUUUUGACUCUCUUAGACUCUAUGAUCAGAUGAAGAGAAGGGAAUGGAUCCCUGGGAUAGAGAUCUACAAUUCUUUAGUGUAUGUUUUAACGCGUGAAAAUUGUUUGAAGGAAGCUCUCAAGACUAUAGAUAAGUUAAAGGAACAAGGUUUGCAGCCAAAUUCUGCCACAUUUAACUCCAUGAUACUCCCCCUUUGUGAAGCUGGAAAACUAGCAAUGGCAAGAAUACUGUUGAACACAAUGAUAGAGGAGAAUGUUAGUCCAACCGUUGAGACCUACCAUGCAUUUUUUGAAGGGACAGAUUAUCAUGGAACCUUAGAAUUUCUGAGUAAGAUGAAAGGUUCUGGUUUGGGUCCAAAUAAGGAUUCAUUUCUUAUAAUUCUGGUAAAAUUCCUAAAGUUGAAGCAACCUGUAAAUGCACUGAAAGUUUGGGCAGAAAUGAAGAAGUAUGAUGUGGUGCCCAGCUGUAUGCAUUACAGAAAAAUGGUUGAAGGGUUUGUGACAUGCAGUUGGUUCAUAAAGGCCAGGGAUUUUUAUGAGGAGAUGAUCUCAAACGGAUGUUCAGAAGAUCCAAAGCUUGAUAAGCUCUUUCAUAAGAAAGUACUUGAUAGUGGUGUUAAAAGAAAACAGAUUGUUAAAAAAGCUAAUAGUGAUAAAGUGCGAGAGUUCUGAAAUGGAAAAUUCAUCGAGAGCAGUGAAGAUAGGAAAAUUCUGACUCUUGAGCAGAGAAAAAUAGGCUCCUGAUUUUUAUCUUGACAUUCUGCAUUCUACCAUUGUGAAUAUGGUAGCCUUUGCAGUGCCGAUAUUGUUAAUUAAAGGCGAAAUUUCUUGAGUUCAUUUCAAAGGCUGGCUGUAACCCCUUGACAGCCUGCCUAAGUUUUGAAUUUUACUACAAGAGAAGAUGUACUGAAGAAGUGGGAAAAUAGAGUGACCUCGAACGUUCUCUGAUAGAUAAAUGUACCCUUGGUGGUUUUGAUCGCUGCUGCAUGCUCUGGCCCUCAUACUCCCUUGUUUUGAUUGUCUCAUGGUUCAUCACAGCACACAAAUUACAUAUUUAGUAUGGGAAAGGAUGUUUUGAUUGUCUCAUGCUAAAUCCCACACAUAUUUUGGUUGUGUCUUCAUGAGAAUUUCCAUUGUUGAUUAAUUGGCUAUAUCUUAGACUAUCUAAAAUGGUUUUUUCUUUCAA